GGGCCCAGCGCGACCUGGUUGAGGUUGUGAGUACCGCUGGGUGGAAGCGAUGAUCCCCCCGCAGGAGGCGUCUGCCCGGCGGCGGGAAAUCGAGGACAAACUGAAGCAGGAAGAGGAGACUCUGUCCUUCAUCCGGGACAGCCUGGAGAAGAGCGACCAGCUCACCAAGAACAUGGUGUCCAUCCUGUCGUCCUUCGAGAGCCGCCUCAUGAAGCUGGAGAAUUCCAUCAUCCCCGUGCACAAGCAGACGGAGAACCUGCAGCGGCUGCAGGAGAAUGUUGAGAAGACUCUGUCCUGCCUAGACCAUGUCAUCAGCUACUACCAUGUGGCCACUGACACUGAGAAGAUCAUCAGGGAGGGCCCCACAGGUAGGCUGGAAGAGUACCUGGGAAGCAUGGCCAAGAUUCAGAAGGCCGUGGAGUAUUUCCAGGACAACAGCCCAGACAGCCCAGAGCUCAACAAAGUGAAGUUGCUGUUUGAGCGGGGCAAGGAGUCGCUGGAGUCCGAGUUCCGCAGCCUGAUGACCCGGCACAGCAAGGUGGUCUCCCCCGUGCUCAUCCUGGACCUGCUCAGUGGCGAGGACGAGCUGGAGGUCCAGGACGAGGUGCCCCUGGAGCACCUGCCCGAGGGCGCGCUGCAGGACGUCAUCCGCAUCUCCCGCUGGCUGGUGGAGUACGGGCGCAACCAGGAUUUCAUGAACGUCUACUACCAGAUUCGCUCCAGCCAGCUCGACCGCUCCAUCAAGGGCCUGAGGGAGCAUUUCCGGAAGAGCAGUUCUUCCUCUGGGGUCCCCUACUCUCCUGCUAUCCCCAACAAGAGGAAAGACACGCCCACCAAGAAGCCAGUCAAGCGGCCAGGGACGAUCCGUAAAGCUCAGAACCUUCUGAAACAGUAUUCCCAGCAUGGUCUAGAUGGGAAAAAGGGGGGCUCUAACCUCAUUCCCCUGGAAGGGAGAGACGACAUGCUGGACGUGGAGACGGACGCCUACAUCCACUGCAUCAGCGCCUUCGUCAAGCUGGCGCAGAGCGAGUACCAGCUGCUGACCGACGUCAUCCCUGAGCACCACCAGAAGAAGACCUUCGACUCCCUCAUACAGGACGCACUAGACGGGCUCACGCUGGAGGGGGAGAACAUCGCGUGCGCCGCCCGCAAGGCCGUCAUCCGGCACGACUUCUCCGCCGUGCUCACCGUCUUCCCCAUCCUGCGGCACCUCAAGCAGACCAAGCCCGAGUUCGACCAGGUGCUCCAGGGCACCGCCGCCAGCACCAAGAACAAGCUGCCCAGCCUCAUCGCCUCCAUGGAGACCGUGGGCGCCAAGGCGCUGGAGGACUUUGCGGACAACAUCAAGAACGACCCAGACAAGGAGUACAACAUGCCCAAGGACGGCACCGUGCACGAGCUCACAAGCAACGCCAUCCUCUUCCUGCAGCAGCUCCUAGACUUCCAGGAGACGGCGGGCGCCAUGCUGGCCUCCCAAGUUCUUGGGGACACAUACAAUAUUCCUUUAGACCCCCGAGAGACCAGCUCCUCCGCCACCAGCUACAGCUCGGAGUUCAGCAAGCGCCUCCUCAGCACCUACAUCUGUAAAGUCCUGGGCAACCUGCAGCUGAACUUGCUGAGCAAGUCCAAGGUGUACGAGGACCCGGCUCUGAGCGCCAUCUUCCUGCACAACAACUACAACUACAUCCUCAAGGCCCUGGAGAAGUCUGAGCUGAUCCAGCUGGUGGCCGUGACGCAGAAGACGGCCGAGCGCUCCUACCGGGAGCACAUCGAGCAGCAGAUCCAGACCUACCAGCGCAGCUGGAUAAAGGUGACGGACUAUAUCACGGAGAAGAACCUGCCCGUAUUCCAGCCGGGAGUCAAGCUCCGGGACAAGGAGAGGCAGAUGAUCAAGGAGCGGUUCAAGGGCUUCAACGAUGGCCUUGAAGAACUGUGCAAGAUCCAAAAGGCCUGGGCUAUUCCUGACACGGAGCAGAGGGACAAGAUUCGCCAGGCUCAGAAAAACAUCGUCAAGGAGACCUACGGGGCCUUUCUGCACAGGUACGGCAGCGUGCCCUUCACCAAGAACCCCGAGAAGUACAUCAAGUACCGCGUGGAGCAGGUGGGCGACAUGAUCGACCGCCUCUUCGACACCUCCGCCUGAGGUGCGCGCUCCCGCCGCCCGGCC